UUUUAUUUUGAUAUGCCGAUAAGCCUCAUUAGCACAUCGCGGCUUUUUACGUUAAACAGCUGCGGUAACGAAAAUACAACACAAGAUACUUCAUUUAUACUGAUUCACAGGACGCUGAGCAAACGAAGACGAAGUACAGGAACAUUUUCUUGUUUAAAGAAGCAUUCAUGGUCGACUCUUAUGUUUAAAUAGUUAGAUAAAGAAGCUACGCGCGCGCACCGACUCCGUUAUCGAGUGUCUUUUUAAAUGAAGUAAAGAUAGCGUGGGUUGCGCGCGCCUGGUUGCUCUUCUCCGGUUGCCAGGAUACCGUCGUGAUGCUUGUUGAAUUAGAAAUCUGAUUGGCUGGGAGGCUGCUAAGCAACCUCACGAGACCGCUUUUCUACUCUCGAGCCUGACGAGAAAAACUUGCUAUGUUCGGUUGCUAUCGUGCUACAGACCCUGCGCUCCCCAAACAAGCAUUUUCACCAUCUUUACUUCUUCUAAACACACUGCAUACUGAAAAUAAAUAAACCAAACAAGGAGGGAGAAGUAUGGAAACCGGCAGGAAUGACAACUUUGUCGAAGAAAAACCGAAGAUAGUGACAGAAAGUGGAUACAUGCCUUAUAUGGAAAUGAAGUCAAGCUUUGGUCAAAAUGCAGAGGAAACUGAGCCUCCUGGCAAAACCACGUCACAGACCAAACAGAAUAAAGAUGACGGAUAUGGUUUAAGUUUGCAGCUGGGAGAGGAGUAUGAGAGGAAGAAGCAAAGGCUGAAGGAAGAGCUUCGUCUGGAUUACAGGCGCUACGUGUCUGAGAAACAAAAUGUCGAUAUCAGUGAGCCAUUCUCUCAACAACAAAAACUGUCUCUGCCCACAAGAGAGAGAAGAUCUACUAAAGACAAGUUGCAAGAUGAGAGGAUUAAGGACUACAGUCCGUUACUCAGAGGAGACGAGGAAAUACAGAAGAUAAGAAAAACUUCAAAUGCACCACAGGCCCUUGGAAAAGAUUAUUUCAUGUCCACAACUUCAUACCAUCCAUCGUUUUCUCCAAAACCACGAGGACGGAAGAGUCCAGAGAGGGUGCAGUAUUCCAAGAGGGACAACCCGACUGAACCUGUGCCCAGCACUGCCCUGACGCCAGCGCGAAGAGGUGCAGAGGACAUACCCAAACGCUGGCACAGGAGGUCCAGGAGGGAGCGCUACAGCUCUGAGGAGGAGCUGAACUCUGAUGAGGAGGAACAAGAGGAGCUUGAGCUCCUGCAAAAGAGGAGGCCAAAACAUCGAACUGAGUCUGUGCUAGCUGGCAGGAGACACAGAAAACUCCAACACAGAGCUGAUAGGUUAACUCAGGAGAGAAGAGAACUGGAGGUUCCUUCUGUUAAUGAAGAGGACCAUCAAGAGGAAAACAGACGGACUCCACUGGCACCGAUUAAAGCCAAUCCACUUGUACCAGCACAAACCAGAGCUGCGAACAAGAGGAACAUGACAGAUUUUGCUACAGGACUUAUGAUUGGGGCUGCUGAGGGUGAGGAGGCUGUUCAGAGAAGGAAGGAGCGCUAUAGACAGGAGCUGCUGGAGCAAAUGGCUGAACAGCGGAGAAAUAAGAGAAAGGAAAAGGAGCUCGAAUUGAGAGUUGCUGCUACAGGGGCUAUUGAUCCAGAGAAAGAGCACCAACAGAAGCAGUAUAUGACCGUAUACCUGCCUGGUCUCCCACAGCCUGACAGGAUUAAGCAGUUUGGUGCUGUAAGAAGGGAGCAUGAAGGCAGGAGACGGGAUGUGCCCUACAAGCCCGGAAUAGGACUGGACACCCUCGGGGCAGACGUGGACAAGAGGUCACAAGAAGUGGAGAAAGAGCCGCCUGAGAGACCCCGUGUGGCCUUCCAGUCUCCUAUUCUGGAAUACAGCGCCGCUCUGGGGCACCUGGGUAACACGGCGAGCACUGGAGUCGGGAACAGUGGCGUCACAGCCUUCAGUGAAAACUUUCACAAAGACCUCUCAGGAACUAUUGGAGAAAUGGUUGCCCCCAGAGUUGCAAGAGUUCCUCCUCCACUGGCGCCCACCCUCUCUGAGGCAUACAGCACUCCAUACGAUGAAGCCUACUAUUACUAUGGAGCCAGGAAUCCCCUAGACCCUAAUCUCACCUACUAUGGACCUCCAGCAGUGCAGCCAUCACCUAAUCUCCCAGCCGGAGCACUUACACCUGUCCGUCAGCCUCCCGCUGGAGUCUUUGCACAACCAGCUCCACAGCAUGGCACUUAUCCUUCUGGAAUUGGGACUGGAGCAUAUCCUUCUGAUAGGCAACAACAUCCCAAGGACCAAGUUCUAAGCUACAAGGAUGCACUUAAACAACAGAUUGAAGAGAGGCAGGAAAGGAGGAGACGGGAGAAGGAGGAGAAGGAACGGUACGAGGCUAAACUGGAGGCAGAGAUGAAAGCCUAUGAGCCGUGGGGAAGAGGAGGAGCUGGGGCUCCACUUAGGGAUGACCGAGGAAACCUCAUCAGUGAUCUAAAGCGUAUGCACAGGACUAAUGAGGAGGCCUAUGUGAACCCAGAAUCACGUAACAGAAGAGCCAUAGCAUCGGUGGAUUGGACUGGAGCUACAUCAAGAGCAGAGGAUAAGGAUUCUUCUUUACACAGAGUUUCAGAUAACAAAGUUUCCUCCUUCACCCGGCCCUCACCACACGCGCGAGGAAACGUGUUCAGUGAACUCCCGACACCACAGCAGCUCCGCGAGCAGGAGAUAUACAAGGAAAGUCUCAAACAGCAGAUAGAGGAGAAGCGGAGGAUGGAGGCAGAGAGGAGAGAGAGGCUGAGGCUGGAGGAGGAGAAGGAGGAGAAGAGGCUGGCUGAAGAGAGAGCGCACAUGCAGAGGCAGUUUGAGGAGGAGCAGGAGAAGGAAAGACGCAAGGAAAUGGAACAAAACGCCAGAAACCAGGAGAUGAUUCGGCAAGCUGAGGAGCGGCGCAAAGAGGCCGAAAAGAAGAGGAAGGAGGAAGAAGAGAAGGCGAACGAGGCAUUGAAGCAGCAGUACGAGCAGGAAAGGCUAGCCCGGCUGGAGCAGGACUUCAGGUCUCAUUCACCGCCCAUCCCUGCAAUACAAAAGAGACUGGGCCAACAGAUUCCUCCCAGACCGCCUUCAGUCGACAGCCAACGGUCAGCUACAGCUUUCUCUGUUCGGACUAUUUCCACUCCCCAGUCCCCACCUGUUCCUGCACGGAGGAACCAGAUCAGAGCAGCAGAGGAACAGCAGGGUGUGAUCAGGGAGUUGUCAGUUCUGCGUAGACACCUCAGAAGUGAGCAGAAGCGGCUUGAAGGGCAGCUACUACAGUCAGACAGAGAGGAUACACAAACUCCCUUGAAAAACAGAGCGCAACCUCUAUUGAACGCCUUUGACAUGGCCAGGCUGCGGAUGCAGGUGCCUGUAGGGAGACCACCUUCAAACACCAGACCACUGAACAAGCAGAUCAUGCAGGACUUCAACCAGCUCAAGUACAGAGACACAGAGUCUCGUGAAGAAGUGAGGCAAGUGUAUCCAGAACCACCCACUGAUGAGGCCAGCCUGGAGAUGCAGCAGCAGGCUCUGCUCCGAGAGCAAAAGCGGAGACUCAACAACAUGCAAAGAGCCAGAGCCGUCGAUUACUUUGACCUGUCAUCUCCCAUGAAGCCUGCUCCUUGUCGGAGGAACAGCUGUGUCGAAGAGGCUGAGAGAAACACGCUGUUAGAGUCUGAGAGUGCUUUUAUUGACGCUAACGGUUAUUCUUUCCCGAUAACACCGCACUCUGAUCGAAUCUCUGCUAGAGAGAGAAGACGGCGAGCCAGGAGGACAGACUUUCCUGAUGGUGUGAAGACCCCCAACGGAGAGAGGAUCAGCUAUUCCCUGGGCUCAGCAAACAGCUUCCAGCUGGACCGAGUGCGAGAGCUGAACCAGCGCAGGAUGAGAGUGUUGGAUGACAUGAGCAAGAAGGACCGGAGAUCAGGAGAAAUAUCUGCUGAUGAAGAUGAUGACCUUUGGCAGCAGACUCCAUCUCCACCCCCUGCCCGCCGUGUUUCCACAACAACCGUCGCCACGGAGGCCUGGCUCCGCCCCGGCACCACAGAGACGCUGAAGAAGCUGAUGGCAGGUCGAAGGCCAUCCAGCCGCAACCUGCCGAGAGACGAAUGGGACGCACCGUCCACUUACCACGGCUAGCGCACAUUCACGGUCUUAUUUUAAACCAAAAUGGGGUGAGAGAAAUUUGUUGCAUGUCCUGGUUUGUCUGUCGGUUGUGUUUUGGCUUUGCUGUCGAUAUAACAGUUGCACAGGCCACAUGGGUCUGAAGCCACAAAUGAAUCUCUAGAGGAGCAGAGCUUCACCAACGUGUGUGUGUGUGCCUGCCUCCUGCCAACCAGCAGUGCCUGAAAGGUUUUACUGCACACUGUUGCUCUGGUACAAAUUAAUAUAGAUGAUUAACUUGUCUUUAUACAUUUGAUGUAUGUAUAAUAAAUGAUUAUAAGAAUGUAUUUUACAGUAUUUUAAAUAUGAAAUAAAUUAUUUUUGGAG